AUGGGAUGCAUUUAAAGUCAAAACAAACCGAAAAAAUAUCAAAGGGUAGCUUUUCCUGUUGAAAGACAUUUCCUUUAAUAAUGUUAUCAGACAAACACAUUAUAUGUUAAUGAAGUAGGAUAAGAGUAUUAAGUCAUUCGAGAAGGAAAAAAAUUAAUUAAAGUACCAAUCCUGAAAAAAUUAUAACAAAAUCCUUUGUAUCUUAAAAGGACUAUUUCAUAAUCAGAUCUGAGCAUUUAAUCAAAAAGCACUUUCUGA